GGUGCAAAAGCAGCAGGACCUUCAAGGAUCAUUGGUAUAGAUAUUAACAGCGAGAAGUUUGAUAGAGCAAACGAUUUCAAAGUCACAGAAUUUGUGAAUCCAAAAGAUCAUGACAAACCAAUUCAGCAGGCUCUUGAUGAUCUCAUUGAUGGUGGGAUUGGCUACAACUUUGUGUGUAUUGGAUAUGUCUCUGUAAUGAGAGCUGCUUUAGGCUGUUGUCACAAGGAAUGGGGGACCUCUAUUAUUGUGGGGGUUGCAGCAUCUGGUCAGGAGAUAUCAACUCAUCCUUUCCAGUUGGUAACUGAGCGCGUUUGGAAAGAAACAACUUUUGGUGGUUUUAAGAGCCGCUCACAAGUGCCUUGGCUUGUAGACAAAUACAUGAAGAACGAAACUGAGGGAGAGGAUCGGAAAAGCAAAAAAAAAGGUUGGCAAAACGAGGGAGAAACAGAAGAGAAUGAAACAGAAGAACUGAAGUGA